UGAAAAAAUGAGAGGUGCAGUCGAAUAUGAAAUAUAAUUGUGCAAUGGGAUUUGACUAUUGUUUACUAGCUCUUCUGUGAGCUACUUUAAACUAUUUAAAUGAAGAUUUAAAAAUAUAUUGUGGAAUUAAGUUACAUUAAACGUGCAGCUUUCUUUUUGGGAAGCUGAACUCACUCUUACUGUUUGAAAUACACAAUAUUGCCAAAGGUUUUGGGACACCCCUUCAAAUGAUUGAGUUUAGGUGUUGUUUUUUAGUGGUUGGGCUCAGGCCUCUGAGAAGUCUGAGAGCUAAAAUAACUAAGCAGAUAAAUCCUGCUGUAAUUAAAACCUAGCUGUUAAGAGAAAAACUAAUCUAAAAACAAAGCGAGUUACAGCAUGAUUUUAUGAGGGUCGACCAUAUACUGCAUAUAACACCUCCGCUGGUUUCCAACAGAACGUCGACCCUUCCAACAUGGCGGAGGAAUUGACGUGUCGGUAUACAAAUCACAGCGGCGCCCUCUACUGCCUCCUGAUAUAAGUGAAUAUGACAAGCUGUUAAGACAGGAAAGUGUAUUUAUUAACCAUUUAUUAUCAGAUUUUAUUGAAACACAUUCAUCAUGCAUUAUAACCUCAGUUAAUGCUGAAAAAAAUAUUAAGAAUAUAACGCGCCAUGUUGUUGUUUUUUUGAAAGUCCCGCCCCUUGUUGUUGUUUUAAUUUAAAAGCCCAGAGCGCGUGCUUGCGUCAUCUUGAAGGCUCCUAACAGAGAUUUCAAACGAAAACGACCCACACAGCGACACUGCGGAUUACCUGAGCUAUUUCACAGACUAACAGCAGAUUUUCUUGGAUUUAAACUAUGGAUGUAGGUAAGUAUUUUCCCCUUCUAGGUAGAUGGACAGGCCGGGGACUGGCCUGCGCCGCCGGGAUGCUCGCGCUCACCACCGCGGGAUACUGCGCGUAUCGCUGGCUGAAGAGGAGCAGCGAUCUUCAAGCUGCUGAAGAUCAAGCUGCUCACGGAUCUAGUGUUGAUGUUGUGGAGGAAGCAGAGACCACCGAGGUCACUGAUCCAAGCGUCCUGCUCCUUUGCACUGAACACGAUCCUCAGAUGUCAGCUGAUGCCCUGGUCUCUGAGAUAAAUAUCCAGCUCCAGCGCACCAGCCUUGACCCGGAGAAGUCCGCUGUCAUUCUGUUAUUAACAGAAAUGAUGGCCACAAUGGACGAGGAAAUGCAGAGCAACCCUGUUGUUCAUAUGCCCCAUCACGAGAGAGAAAGCAGCCUCUUACAAGGUGAUGACACCUACCUGCCUGAUGGGGAGAACAUCUGUUUUCCUGGCCCGCUGAUGAGAAGUAAGAUCCAGAUGGAUGACGUGCUGCGUUUCAUCAAGAGGAAGUCCGAGGAGUGCCUACAAAAGGUGGAGGAACCUGACCAGAAGGAGGCCUAUUUCUUCUGGCAGAUGAUGGAGCUGCGUUGCAGCAAAAAUGGAAAAGCACCGCUGGCAGACAUCGCCACUGUCCUUUUCAAGAGCUACAGGCUUCUGAAGAAAAGGGGAGAAGUUAACAACCAAGACAGCUGGUGUCUUCAGCUGGCGGAACUUUUGUGCUCUGCCGACCCAGAUGAUGAGAUUUUGGAUGCCUUGACUCAAAUGGGAGAGGACCUUGACUCCAGAGGACUGUGGUAUGCUGCACAGCUGUGCUUCAUCGCUGCAAUGGAGGAGCUGCAGAUUUUACAGAGCCCCAGCUUUGAGCUUAUUGGCUGUAACAGUCUGCCAAUCAGCCAAUCAGCCAUGAGGGAAGCAAUCCAACGUUCUGAGGUGUAUGAAUAUGUAUGCUCCCUGACCACAGGGCUUCCCCAGCCAAAUUUCCAGAUCUUCAAGUGCUAUCACGCCAGCAAGCUAGCAGAGUUUGGCCUUUUCCACCAAGCCUUGGAGUACUGUGAGACCAUUGCUACAGCAAUUGCUAGAUUUCCACUAUUAAUCACGAAGACCACGAUGGAAAUGACCAUUGCGCUGUCUGAGAAGCUACAGCAAGGAAAGGGAGAAGAACCAGAAUGGCUCCUAAACCUUCGUCAACUGUACGCCGACGAAGAGUUUAAGCUGAGGAACUCCGAAUGUGGCCUUAUGACUAGCGAGAUGUUCACUCUCCAGCGUCCACGUCGGGAAGGCCACAUUACACCAUGGGAGGUGUUUGAGUCCCUGUACACUCCGGGAGAGCUGCUGGGUGAAGGAGGCUUCGGGAGUGUCUGUGCAGGAGUCCGAAAGGCUGAUGGAAAACAGGUUGCCAUUAAAUAUGUGGGAAUGGAGAUGAACGAAGCUUUCAUCACCAUUCCUGGAGAGACACACAGCCUUCCUCUGGAGGUUGCAUUAAUGCAAAUGGUGUCCAAGCCCUGUCACCAUGAGAAUGUCUUACAGCUGAUCGAGUGGUUCGAGAUGUCCGACUGUUACAUCUUGAUCUUGGAGCGACCCAGCCCCUGCACAGACCUCCUAAAAUUCCUGAAAGGUCACAAAGGCCGACUGUCAGAACCACUGGCACAACGCAUCAUGCGUCAGGUGGUUCAGGCCGCUCACCACUGCUCUGACUGUGGUGUCCUGCACCGGGACAUCAAGCCAGAGAAUAUACUCAUCAACACCGACACACUGCAGCUGAAGCUGAUAGACUUUGGCUGUGGUGAUUUGCUGCAGGACAUCCCCUACAGAUAUUAUGCAGGAACUACAGCUUACUCCCCACCUGAGUGGUUAUGUGAGGGCGAGUAUUUAGGUGUUCCUGCUACCGUCUGGAGUCUGGGAGUUCUACUGUUCGAGAUGAUGUGUGGAGACCUGCCCUUCCAGUGCGAAGACGACAUCAUUGCCCGGGACUUGCACUUCGCUCACGACCUGUCUGAAGGUUGCCGUGACCUGAUCCUGUGUUGUCUGGCGCUAUAUCCUCACUCGCGCCCAACGUUCGAGGAAAUCCUCAGCCACAGAUGGUUUGAGGAACCUCAGAAGAAUGUUUAGCCAUUUGGAUGUCCACUGUGGUGUUACGCCUCGUGAAGGAGCAUGUCCAGGAGAUGCUGAAGGCCAUGAAGGGAGUCUGAGCAACACUCUUCUAACACACACACACACACACACACACACACACACACCUCUCUGUCUCAGCCAAGUUAAAGAGUGAUCAGGACAUUUUAGGAAAUCUGUUGUUGGCUAUUCAGUGGUCAUUAGAAUAUAAAACUAAGAUUAAACUCUGCACUUUUGCCCAUUCAUUUGUAGAACUGCUUUUGCUCUCCAUUUUGUUUAAUGAUAGAUUACUUGUAACUAAUUUAUAAGAUUAAGCAACGCCCAAAAUUUGAAUAAAGUAUUUGAAUAAAUGUCCUGGUCAUACUUUAAACACAUCUCUUUUCUAUCCCUUUCUUUCUCUCUCCACUUGCUCAAGAUCUCCACAGGUAAGUAAAUACUUAUUACUGUCUUUUAUUUUCUGCAGAUUUAAACCUGUCUUUUCUUCUCUCCCUGAGCAGCUGUACACAACAUCGCUGGCCUCUAACAUCAACACCUGUUAGUGCUCUCUGACCAACGGACGACAUCAACAUCUGCAGCUCCGCCAUGUUUAGUUUAACUUUUUAUUAUAUAGAUUACUUAAGACAUUUAUCUUUAUUAUAGGUUUAAGAUUUUUCUAUACAAUACUAUUUAUUAGACAUUUAAGUUUUUGUUGUAUUUUUGUAUUUUUAAUAGACUUAUCUGUUCAAUAUACUUUUUAUCAAUAACCUUUUAUUAUAGCUUUACAUCUUUAAUAGUA